GUUGUAAAAACGUUUUGUACGGCUUUAGUGUAAUUUUUGCAGUUUUUCAACAAAAUGAAGAGCAGAGAUAUUAGAUAGACAGUUUGAAAGUAUCCACAGAUUCCAUGCAGGGUAAAGAAACUGUUGGUAUAGCAAUAUCGCAAGUGCACUUCCUUUAAAGUGGACUCCAUGUUCCAACAAGCGCUCGAUUUUCUUAACGCGUGCUGCUUUGAUCACGGAUAUUAGCUGUGCUACAUUAUUCCAAUUGUUGCGAUAGUAUUACUUCUUACUGGUUAGUAAUUAUGAUGGCUAACUUAUCAUACCAAUGCAGCCAUCAAACAAAGUUACAGUUCAUCGGCUACUCGUGUCAACUGUCAUUUCUCCAGUUAGAAACGUAGGAGCUAAGAUAGUAAGUAAACGUGGGACUUCCAGUAGAAAGCUUGGCACUGAUCUAUUUACUUUUGCAGAAAAUCACAAUAAUCGACGCAAGCUACUAAUAAACGGCAAACAGCUUCUGGGAUUCAUCUUCAAAAUUCCAAAUAAACAUAUGAUAUACCUUAUCAAUACGCUUGGAGCAAAAACGGAAAAUAAGCGUAUGAACAAUACUAAAAGAAUCAACUUUUGUAGACUAGCCAAACGAGAAGAUCUUGUAACUAUUCGUAUGAAGAAAUUGAAUUUUCUCAGUACGCAGAUGAACUUUACCUUGCUUUUUUCCAUUAUAGUGUUGUGCCAAACUUCAACAAUGAAGGCUGUAGAGCAUGAACGCGAUAUGCUUCGUCACUUUUACAAGAUGACUAGGCCACUGUCAAAACGCUGGGUUCAAGGAAUGAAUAUCCCAACGAUUUAAGAUCCAGCUUUCUCGUUGUAUAGCGGCACAUCCAAGUAAAAUGUAUGCACAACUGUUUGCUUAACCUCAGAAUUGGAUUCAUCAACUACGACAGCGAUACAAAGCUGCAUAGGCUAUGCAGACGAUGAAUAAUUUAUUCGCUUGUUAAGGAAUCCGCCGGUGGGGCUAUUAUUUA